AUGUCGCUCGACCAGCUGCCCGACGACCACUACCGUCCCACCUACGAGGACAUCCACAUCUCGAUUGGCCAGUCGGCGCGCAAGAUCAAGGACGAGUUUGACCCGGACCUCAUGGUCGCCAUCGGCGGCGGCGGCUUCUACCCGGCCCGCGUCCUCCGCACCUUCCUCAAGAAGCCCAGCGCCCUCGACCCCAACAAGCUGCGCAACAUCCCCAUCCAGGCCAUCGGCCUCAGCCUCUACGAAGAGGUCUCGGGCACCUCCGAGGGCCAGAUUGGCAACGAGGUCGUCCGGACCCAGUGGCUCGACGCAAAGACCGUCAGCGGCCACAAGGGCGCCGCCAAGCUCGAGGAGGGCAAGGACGCCGGCGGCCUGCUGGGCAAGAACGUCCUCAUCGUCGACGAGGUCGACGACUCGCGCACCACGCUUCAGUACGCCUACUCGGAGCUGCUCAAGGACGUCAAGCACGCCAUCGCCAACCUCUCGGACGACGAGCGCGCCGCCCUGCCCCCCACCCGCUUCGCCAUCUUUGUCGUGCACAACAAGGAAAAGACGGGCGGCAAGCGCGGCACCCUGCCCAUCCUCGCAGCCGACCUGCCAAAGGGCGCCGACAAGAUCGUCGACGGCGUCAGCGAGGGCGUGCGCUACUACACCACCCAGGACACGGGCGACGUCUGGAUCUCGUACCCGUGGGAGGAGGAGGACAUUGUCGAGCACAACCGCCUCGCCGCCCUCGCAAAGAAGCUCCAGGUCAACCAGGCAAAGUGA